GGCUGAGGCACGUCUACGGGGAUUAAAUAUAUAGAUAAGAUGGAUCCCUGUUCCCGAAGGGCUCACAAUCUAAAGAGAAGGGCUCACAAUCUAAGCAAGCAAGCGAAUGAGCGAGCGAGAGGGAGAGAGAAAGAGAAAGAGGAAGCCAUUGAACCGAUGAGAGGCAUUCUCAGCUCCCUGUAAGCUGGGGAGGAGACAGACUCAGCCUCAGGGUGUUGCCUGACACAGAUCUCUCGCCUCAGCCUCUCUGAACGUUGCCUGGCAGAGCAAAACAGACAAGAUGGAGGAAGCUUGUGAAGAUAUAGAUCAAAUGUUCAGUGAUCUAUUGGGAGAAAUGGAUUUGUUGACACAGAGUUUGGGAGUGGAGACUCUUCCACCUCCACCUGCAGAAGCAAGUAAUGAUGAAUUUAAUUUUGCAGUUGGUUUCAAAGAUUUAAAUGAAUCUUUAAAUGCCUUGGAAGAUACUGAUUUAGAUGCUUUAAUGGCUGAUCUUGUUGCCGAUAUAAGUGAAGUGGAGAAGACCACACUCCAGGGACAAGAGAAUUCCUCAAGCUACCAGCCAGCUGCCACGACUCAAACUCCAGCAAAUGUUGCUCCUGCGUAUGGGUAUCAGUCAGGAGUCCACUCUGCUGUAUGCCGCGAGUCUUAUUUAUUGCCCCCCCGCACAGAACUAGCCUUGGAUCUUCCACCACCGCCACCUCCGUCCCCACCUCCUGAGCCACUCACUCAGGAAGAACAAGAAGCGCAAGCAAAAGCUGACAAGAUUAAACUUGCAUUAGAAAAACUCAAAGAAGCCAAGGUUAAAAAGCUUGUUGUCAAGGUGCACAUGAAUGAUAAUAGCACAAAGUCCCUGAUGGUGGAUGAACGGCAAGUGGCACGUGAUGUCCUGGACAAUCUCUUUGAAAAGACCCACUGUGACUGCAAAGUGGAUUGGUGCCUUUAUGAAAAAUAUGCGGAACUACAAAUUGAAAGAUUUUUUGAAGAUCAUGAAAAUGUGAUUGAAAUCUUAUCAGACUGGACUCGAGACACUGAAAAUAAGGUCCUGUUCUUAGAAAAAAGUGAAAAAUAUGCUGUGUUUAAAAAUCCUCAGAAUUUCUACUGGGCAAACAAAGGAAAAAAUGAAAUCAAGGAAAUGAAUGAGAAAAACAAAGAAGCUUUGCUAGAGGAGAGCUUCUGUGGCACAUCUGUCAUUGUGCCAGAACUUGAAGGGGCCCUUUAUUUAAAAGAAGAUGGAAAGAAGUCCUGGAAGAGACGUUAUUUUCUUCUACGAGCUUCUGGAAUUUAUUAUGUACCCAAAGGAAAGACCAAGACAUCUCGGGAUUUGGCUUGCUUCAUACAGUUUGAGAACGUAAAUGUGUAUUAUGGUGUUCAGUUCAAAAUGAAAUAUAAGGCCCCUACGGACUAUUGCUUUGUCUUGAAGCAUCCCCAGAUACAAAAAGAGUCUCAGUAUAUCAAAUACUUAUGCUGUGAUGACCGGCAGACCCUACAUCAGUGGGUAACUGGCAUAAGAAUCGCAAAGUAUGGCAAGACACUGUACGAUAACUACAAGUGUGCAGUGCAGAAGGCUGGCUUAGCAUCUCGAUUUGGCAGUCUAGGGAACACUAAAUCCACAGUGGGAACAUCUUCAAAAGGUAGUGCUCAGGCAAAUGGACAGGUCCCCAAAACCAUAAUCUGCACUACAGCAGAAGCUUCAGAGACUGGAAAACCUGUUGAGAUGGCAAAGGUUAAGAAACCAGACAGCAUUGACAACACCAAGCAACCAGCAUUGCCUACCACACCACAACUGAAACAGCAGCGUAAACCUGGUGGGUUAUACCCACCCACCCCUCCUCAACGAAGAUCUUCUGCGGUUACUGCUUCAUUAUAUCUACCCACAAAUACCGACAGAGAGAGCACAAUUUCUCUACCAGAAUUUCCAGCACCACCUGAAUUGAUACCCCCACCUCCCGAACUGGAUGACCUUCCACUACCACCCCCACCCCCCGAGUUCUAUGACGCGCCUCCCGAUUUUAUCCCUCCUCCACCGUCUGGCUUUGCUUCCGGCAGUGAUAUUCCACAGCUGCCACCAGCAGCACCACCUCCUCCCUCAUGCUCUGCCUCCGGUGUGCCUCCACCAAUCAGAAAAAAGCUGCCGCCACCUCUUCCUAAAAGGCAAGAUGAUGAUGCUGGGCGGGCAGGGGGACAAAACCAAAGUAAGCCGCCUUUAGUGGGGGAUGCAGCUGGACAAGGAGAUUUCAUGUCUGACCUAAUGAGAGCGCUGCAAAAGAAAAGAGGUGAAACUUCAUGAGGUUUAUGGUUUAAAUAUUGGAUGUGGUUUUAAUUGUGAGAUCGCAGAGAGGAUGGUCUGAGAAAAGCAGCCCGAGCUCUUCCUGGUGGUCCAGAGGAGUACGUGCUAUAGUAAGUUGUUCCAUCACAUCCUGGCAUUGUGCAUUCCUCUUUCCCAAGGACUUGAUGAGACAGUGACUUCCCAUGCUCCUGGUGAAAUGCUGUACAUCAUCAGAAGCAUGGGAAAAAUCUCGGGGAAAGACAGACUCCAAAUGAGUAGCUCUGUUAAUCUGUUGCAGCAAAAAGGUCAGAGACAUGUGCUGGCUCAAAGGCAAACUCAUUUAUUGAAGGCAAGUAUGCACUUGAUCAGAUAUGUCCUAGGCCACUGCCUGUGUCGAUUUCACAGCCAGUUCUUGUCCUGUACAAGACCAUGCCAGUUGUGAGGACCAGCAUGGUCUGAAGGACUCAGGGGAAACAGAAUUCUGAAACAGCACUUGCAACAUCUGAGAGCAGUGCUUGGCAAUUCUCACAUUUCCUUUUGUGAAAUGGUCGGCACUAGUAGAAAUAUUAUUCAGGAUCUAUUAUUUUGCUUCCUCUCUUUGGAAAAAAAGCAUUUUGUAAAGUUGAACCAAAAUGGGCCCCCAUCUUCACUGCCCCAUAUGCAGAUAGAGAAAAUGGGGAACCUUAGUGUGGGGGGUGUGUGUGUGUAAAACCUAUCCUGCAGGUGGCAGCAAAGCUCCUAUGGCCACAAUUCCCACCUCCCCCUGCCCACACACACACUCAACAGGUGGUGGCAAAAAAAGGAGACUAGUUUCACACAUAACCUGUUCAUCUUCAAAGCCUCCCAAAAUUUGGCUGAAAGUUUUUAGCCUUAAGGAUGAAAAGUGAAAUAUGCUACCCAAAGCUUUAUUAUACAUCUGUACUGUACUGUCCACAAAAUGCCACAUCUAUGUUUCACCAAUGUUUUUGAAGUUAGCAACCCCCAUCCAACUGAUUAUUAUUUUCAGUGAUACUCACAGGUGUUGCCUGCAGAUACUAUUUAAAAGAUUUAAUGCUAGGCUGAACCUACUGGAGAUAUGAGCUUCAGUUUUUCCUCUCACGCCAUCUGUCAGGUUAAUGAUUGUCUUAAGUGACACCUCGGCAUUUGUCUCCAAGGCCUUAUAAUUAUCUGAAUAUUUUUACAUAAUUUAUCCUGUCCUGUGUGUCUUUCAUCAUUUAUGAUUUACCUGAAUUCUGCAUUGUUCAUUUGCACGGCCAACUCCUAAAUAAAAUCCUCUUCUGUGUC